GUUAACCUUAAAAUUAAAUUUAAAAAUAAUGUUCAAAAGUGCUACUGCGACUAAGAAACACGAUGAAUCUGACUAUUCAAAUGUAUAGAUUUGAUCAUUAUAUGAUAGAGAAAUGUAUCACCUAGUUAAAAUCAAGAUCGUAUUAAUGAGUUGAACAGAGUAUUGCAAGGGUUAUCCACAAAUGUUAAAGAUGACAAAGUAAAUAUCAUUCCUAAUUGAUUUAGAGUAGGAGAGAUUUGUAUUUCCAAAAAAUAAAAUUGUUAGAGGAGAGAAUUCAAAAAGGAGAGAUCAAUGAUAAUUAGAAAUUCAGAGUAUUUAUUUAUUGUAAUUUCUUAGUUACUUUAUGAACAAUACGAAAAGUUAGAGGAGACUUUAUACAGUGAAAGGGAUUAAAGAUAGGUUAGAUAUUAGUUAAUUGUAGUUAAUUUGUGAAAAAAGUUUGAAAUCAUUAACUUUAAUUGAAAAAAACUUUUCAUUGUCUUUGAAUGAAGAAUAUUCUAGUAGGAAGGUGAAUGAAUAAGAGAUUUUUGCUGAAAUUGAUGAUAAAAUAUAAGCAAUGAAGGGAGAAUUAAAAAAAGAUAAUGUCUAAAGGACUGAAUAUGAGGAGAAGCAAAUUGAGAACAUCGAAAAAGAACUUGAAGAAUUAAGAUACUAUUUUGAAUAAGAAAAAUAGAUCAGGGAUCAAAAUGCAGAGAAAUUAAUCAGAGGGUUUGGGGAAGAAAUAUUAAGGUUACAAGAAUAGUUGAGUGAAGAAAAAAGAAUCUCAGAAGAAUCAUACGAAACAACUAUUAGAUUAUUGUAAGACUUAGAUUAAUCUAUUUAAAAUGAUUUAGAAGUACAAUAUUAUUCUAUCCAUUUUCUUAGUAAGAGUAAUUCUUAAGAGAGAAAUAAGAGAAAUCUUUGCUAAAAUUAUUGGAAUCGACAUGCUAAAAAAUUGAAUAAUCUUUAUUAUCAUGA